AUGACUGCUGGUCUUCUAAGAUGUGUACGAAAUCGAGAUAAACUUCAUAAAAGAUAUAAAAAAGACCCGAACAAUGAAAUUAAGAAAAUAACCUACAAAAGGUACAGAAAUUUUUGGAACUGGCUCCUUAAGAAACUUAAAAGGGAAUAUGAGGAGAAAGAGUUGAAAUCAGCGGCGAACACAAAUAAUAAAGCACUCUGGGACACUAUUAGAAAAUUAACGCAUACAUCAAAACUCAGUAGACCUGCUGAGCAACUUAUUUCUCCUGAUAACCCCUCUGAAUCGAUCAAUUAUAUUAAUAAAUUCUUUGUUUCUGUUGGUAAAGAUCUGGCUGAAAAGGCAUAUUCUUAUGGUAAGGGUUGUAUAUCCUCAAUGCCCAAGCCACUAGCAUCCUUAGUUUUGGAUAGUACCGAUGAAAGUGAAGUUCGCAACUGUAUUCUCAAUUUAAAAAAAGACAAAUGUUCUGGACGGCAUAAUAUUUCAGGUGCUAUAUUAAAACGGUAUCAUCAAAUAAUAGUCCCACCAUUGACAUACAUUGUAAAUUUGAUUUUUUCCACAGGCGUUUUUCCGGAUCAGCUUAAGCUGGCUGAUAUUGUUCCAAUUUUCAAGAGUGGUGACAGAGAAUGUGUCAAUAAUUAUAGACCAAUAUCUAAACUACCCACGAUUGCAAAAGUAAUAGAGAAACUCAUAAACAAACGCCUUGUUCACUAUCUUGAGACCAAGAAUCUCAUUUCUAGCUCGCAAUUUGGUUUCCGUUCCGGUAGUUCUACAAACGACGCCGUUCACGAACUUACUGAUCACAUUGUAGCCAAACUUGACCGAAAGCAAAAAGUUAUAGCGAUAUUUUUGGACCUUGCUAAGGCAUUUGACACAGUCUCUGUCCCACUUCUCUUAAACAAACUUGAAUCUCUGGGUAUCCGUGGUUCUCAAUUGAGUAAUUUCCAAAGUUACCUUAAAAAUAGAUUUCAAAGGGUGAAGGUCGGUGACUUUGUAAGUAGUGACUUGCCAAUAACUUCCGGUGUCCCUCAGGGAAGCGUACUUGGCCCAACGUUGUUUCUAGCAUUCAUUAAUGAGUUAUGUAACCUCCAGUUGCCAAAUGGUAAGAUAAUAUCUUUUGCAGAUGACACUGCCCUUGUAUUCUCUGGCAACAAUUGA